AUGGUCCCUCAAGACUGUUAUUUGAUUGAGGAAGCACCACACAACAGAUUAAGAACAUUUGUUGAAGUUGCAUGGAUUUGCAGUACUGUGGUUGGCAUCAUUUUAUUCUUAGCUGUGGUAACUUUAGCAUUUUGGGUUAAAUUUUGGUCUGUGAGUAGCCUGUCUGCCAUAGCCGCAACAAUUGUUUUGAUGCCAGCCAUGCUCAUUUUCGUCAUUUUCGCUAUAUUAUUUUAUCGUGCGCUCACUACCUACAAAGUGGAACGAGCUACGGAAAUGAUACGUAAUAUUGAUAUGCGCAUGUCCUUUCUUAGAAGUGGAGUUCAGAAGAUAUAUGACGAAGAUAACAGGAAACAACAUGUUUGA